CACACACAUACACACACACACACACACACACACACACACACACACACACACACACACACACACAUACCACCAUGACGAUCCUCCCGAAGAAGAAGCCCAGCUCCGGGGUCGGCGUCUCGGACCACGCCGAUGACAGCGACCGUCGGAGCGGCCCCGACCCGCACCAACAUCCGCACCCGCACGCCGGGCGCACCGGAGCCCGGCCGAGGGCUUCCCCCCCGCCGUGGUCCUACCAGCCCGCUCCGCCCUCCGCGAGGGACGACAGGCGGAGCAUCGAGGCGAGCUCGCGGCCCCAGCAGGCCUCUCCGCCGCCCGUCGGCUCCGUUUCCCCGGUGGGACCGGCCGACGGUCGGGACGGCAGCGGCGCGAUGGUGGCCGGGCCCCGCGGGGAGCUCGUGGUGUCGGCCGGGGUCGUCGGCUGCGGCGGGGGCAUCGGCAGCUGCUGCUCCGGGCCCGGGCUGAGCAAGAGGCGGCGGCAGGCGGGCACCUGCUCCGGCGGGGUGGCGGCGGCGCUGGCCGGCGGGGGGCAGCCCGGGGUGGCCGGACCGGGAGGAGGAGGGGGGGGCUCCAGCCAGGACACGGAGGAGGGAGCCGGGAACAACAGCGAGGACGAGUACGAGAACGCCGCCCGGCUGCAGUCCAUGGACCCGGCUACGGUGGAGCAGGUAGGAAGCUAACGUUAGCUAAGAUAGCA